AUUUUAUCCUGUUUUUAGUAAAUGAGUGACAUUUGAAUGCAGGCCAUAAUUGUACGUACAUUUAGUACUUGUCAGUUGUUUUAGAAGUACUGUCUCAAAAUGAUGCAACAAUACAUGAAAGAGCUUGAACAGGAGCCGUUUGAUGCGGAAGAAUUUGUGGAAAGACUUGCCUGGAGGACUGUCAAUGAUUCGAUAAUAGAUGGAGAAAGGGGUUCUUUUGAUCCACUGCUAGUACAUGAAACAUUUCUUCAAGCAAUUAAAGACUUGCAGGUUCUUCAAGAACGUCAGCAAAAGAAGUGCGACAAAUUGGAAGCUGCCCUUAAGGAUGAGGAGGCUAAACACGUGUUGGAGAUUCUAGAAUUGCAAGAGAAUAACAAACACGCUAUAGAACUUUUUCAUCAACUGGAUGAAAGGAUUAAUUUUGUCGCUACUAAGGUUCUUCACUUGGGAGAUCAAUUGGAAAGUGUAAACAUCCCACGUGCUAGAGCAGUCGAAACUCAUAAACUGAUGAAACACUUUUCUGAAUUUUUGAGUCCUGGACCAUUGACCGAUCCCAUUUUUAUGGAUAAAUCAUUGUUAGACGAGGCUGCAGACGUCAUACAAAAACUUCACUUAAUCUCUCAGGAGCUACCAUCAGAGAAAUUUGAAAAUGCUAAAAAAAAGAUCAGUGCAAAAUAUGAUGAAAUUGAACGUAGUUUAAUUGAAGAAUUUGUAAGAGCUCACAGUAACGAAGAUGCAUCUCGCAUGAAAGAAUUGGCUUCCGUUUUGUCUCAUUUUAAAGGAUAUUCUCAGUGUGUCGAUGCUUUCAUUGAACAGAGCCAAGUUGGUUCAUUCGGUGGAAAGGACGUAUUUCAGGAUGUCAUACCCAUGUGUACCAAAAAUUACAAACUAAUGCAACAGGUGUUUGCCAAUCCUGAACAAGUGAUGGCAAAAUUUGUUCUGAACAUUUUUCAUCUACGAUUACAGAAGUAUGUCGUAGCUAAAUUAGCAGACCGAAAUGAUUCUGAUAAAUAUUUAAGAAAUUUAUUUGACUUAUACUCAAGAACGGUGAAACUUUCGGAAGAGUUAAAGUGUUUUGAUAUGGGCACCGAUAACACAUAUUUAACCACGUUAACUAGGAAUAUUUUCCAGAAACAUCUAGACACGUAUAUCACUGUCGAAUUGAAGGCCUUACGAGAGAAAUCAGCCGCGUUGUUAAUAGAGUAUUACGAGUCCAAGAACCAUCAAAAGAAGCAAUUACAAUCUGGUGGAUUCCAAGUGUUACGUCGGGACUUACAAGCUGUACUUGGAACUAGAACCAACAUUAAUAUUGCUCAAAUAGAAGACUAUGGAGGAGAAACAUUCCUCUCCGAAGAACUGGCCAUCGCUCUACUUCAGGGAAGUAAACUGGCUUAUCAAAGAUGUCAAAUCCUGUCUCCACCGAGUGACUUGCCAUUGAACGCAGUGCAGAUUUUGGAGAUCCUGUUACAGUACUUGUUGAACGAGCAUGUCGAUUAUGCCCUCGAACUAGGUCUUCAAAGUGUUCCUAUUCCUGAGAGUCGCAAUCAGCCCGAAAUACAUUUCUUCAAUGUCGCACGUCAAUGCAACGCUAUUAUCAGACUACUGGAAGACCAAUUUAAUGACAGCCUCGUGCCACUUGUCAUAUCGACCCCUCGUCAUGGUGACUGUGUAUCGAAGAAGAAAGCAGCUUUAGAGCAAAUCGAACAAAAAUUGGACACCGGCUUAGAUAGAAGUAUUCAUGCAAUAGUUGGCUGGGUCAAAGUGUACUUACAAAGUGAACAGCGAAAGCAAGACUUCAAACCUGAAACCGACGUAGACACCCUUAAUACACCAGCCUGUUUAGUAGUAGUACAAUACGUAACAACAAUGAUUCGACACAUACGAAAUAGCCUCGAUGGAAAAAAUGCAGAAAGUGUUUUAACGGAGCUAGGUAUAAGAUUUCACAGGGUAAUUUAUGAGCACCUGCAGCAAUUUCAAUUCAAUUCCGCUGGAGCAAUGUGUGCGAUCUGUGACAUGAAUGAGUAUCGAAAGUGCGUAAAGGAAUUGAAAGUUGGUCUGGUGACAAGUCUAUUCGACACACUGCACGCACUGUGUAAUUUGCUACUAGUGAAACCAGAAAACCUGAAACAAGUCUGUACAGGAGAACAGCUCGCAAUGCUGGAUCGAUCGAUACUCGUCAAUUUCAUCCAACUGAGGACCGACUACAAGACCCAAAAGCUAGCGAGCUGUCUUAAAGGAUUGGACGGAUGAUAGCGACCUAUCUGGAAUACUCAGGGAAUAAAUACACAGUGCGGUGAAUUAUCAAACGAGAAGGCAGUUUAAAACUAGACACGUGUACGUAAACACACUUGCUCAUUACUUGCCUCUCUCCCAAAAGGUCUCUAAUGACCACGAAUCGAUUAACGUGUCGUUUAAAAUCAUGGGGGUUUAUUUAAUCUCGCUCGAAAACUAUACACUUUAAUGAUAACGAGUACUUGGACGAUGUCGUGGUGGUAGCGUGCGAUUUGCGUAUUCCUCGGAUCGUUCGAGCCAAGAGAUCAAAGCGAUUCGCACGAUACAUACGGCAGGAAAUCAAAUGAAGGAUGCGAGUUCGAUUUCAGUGCCGUUCAAAGGAGCCCAGAAAUACCAGGCUCGGAAAUUUCAAGAGUGCGAAUCAAGGCUGCGCCGCGUAAGAACGAAAUCAGCUGUACAGAGCGGAGUAUCGUACAAGUAUACGUACACAUACACGAAUAGGGCCUUCGUUAAAAAACCACCGAACCUUCGUUCAUUUGUUCCGCAAUGCUCGGCUAGGCGUCAAAAGUGAGACACAGUCGCGCAGCAACGAAACCGUAUACAAUCAUUACUUUGCGUCGCGAUAAGCGAAGCUGGCUUAAAGCUUGAGCCCUAUCAAAAUGUCAGAACCUCAAUUAGAUCCAACCAGAAGCAGAGAAAAAAAAA